AUGGUGAAGAUAACGCUGCAAGUGCCGGGGGCUGAUUGGUCAGCAGCGACUUGCCAGCGCAACUUUCGGCUGCAAGGAAGAAGCAGAGCAGAAGAAAAACAAAGUCGCUGCAGGCGAAGACGAAGACGAAGGGAUGAUGGAAUAGCUAAUAAUAAAGAAACAAGCCGCUGUUUCUCUGCUCCCCCGCUAGCUGCCCGAUGCUUGUGUUUCUUGGUCGCUCAAUGGGCUUCUCCUCAGGCCUAUUGCCCGGCUGCCGCUGUUCGUGAAGACCACCCUCCCUCGACUUUGACAUCAACAUUGAACGGCCCAACUCUGGUCGCUACCUAUCGCUCGCUACCGUCUUAUAUACCUGCGCAGUACUUCUGUCAUACCUUUGCCGAUGGGUGUCUGUUUGUCGUGCCUGCAUGGGCAGGAGAGGACGGAGGUAGGUCAUCUGCCCGCUGGUGGCUGGGGCGUAUCGUAGGAGAGCGUUUACUGACUGAUACCCCGUCGCAUUGCGAUAUAUCACAGUCCGAGUCCUCGCGUUUGCUAGAUGAAGACAUAUAUCAGGCCGGAUUUAACUACGGGACUGUCCAGGGCCCUCCACCGGGCCCAGAGCUUGAGACGUUGAAGCGCGAGAGGGAGGCUCUCGAGGCCAUCUGCCAGCGAGCGUCAGAGUAA